AUGGCUCAAGUGGUGGACCACUAUGAGAAUCCGCGUAACGUGGGCUCACUGGAUAAGAAUUCCAAGAACGUGGGAACCGGCCUGGUGGGAGCGCCCGCUUGUGGAGACGUCAUGAAACUACAGAUCCAGGUGGAUGAGCAGGGUAAGAUCGUGGAUGCUCGCUUCAAGACGUUCGGCUGCGGCUCGGCUAUCGCCUCCAGUUCCCUAGCAACCGAGUGGGUGAAGGGCAAAUCUGUGGAUGAGGCCCUAAAGAUUAAGAAUACUGACAUUGCCAAAGAGCUCAGCCUGCCGCCAGUGAAGCUCCACUGCUCUAUGCUUGCAGAGGAUGCCAUCAAGGCUGCGUUGGCUGAUUAUCGUCUGAAGCAGAACGAGAAGGAAGCCGCCAGCGCCAGCAACUAGACCACACCCCCAACGGAGCACCAGGGUGUGGCCUAACAUGUGACCCCGCCUACCUGCAGGAUCCACCUAUCUAAUCAAAUCAACCCUCAACGCCUAGUGCAGUCAGUCAGUCAGUGCAGUCUUCCCACAGUAACCAGUUCACACACACACACACACACACACACACACACCAGUUAAACACACACACACACACCAGUUAAACACACACACACACACACACACACACCAGUUAAACACACACACACACACCAGUUAAACACACACACACACACACACCAGUUAAACACACACACACACACCAGUUAAACACACACACACACCAGUUAAAAACACACACACACGCACGUGUCCGAGUACAUGGCUCAUAGCAGAUAGACCACUUAACACACAUACAUCAGCAACAACUCACAGACAGACACACACACACACACACGCAUGCACCCUUGUCUAGUGUCACUUACCGGAGACCAGUUAACACACACACCAACACCAAACCUCUAGUAACAGUGAGUCUUCCCAGAUACCAAUACACACACACACACACACACACACACACACCCCUGUAUCUUCAGUCCUUUCUAGCCUGUCUAUUAAACGCACAAUCGAAGCUACAGAUUAACUAUCAGGUUGCUACGGGGACGAAGAGAAGAGAAGUGAAGCGAAGCCUUAUUUUCAAAUGGAGGAGAGAAGAGUAG